AUGGCCAACUCAUUACCUGUAGUAGUCCAGGAGGAUUUGGAGAGCUUUACCUUGACCAGGACAGGCCCAGGCUUUGCACUCAAAGCCUUUCAUACUUCUUGGAACACUCACAUCUCGGUGAAGCUGCUGACCAGACAGGACACUACAGAGAGGGAGUGGAAGUUGCUGCUUCAGGAUAUAUCAAAUGUCAGACGCUGUGUGUCUGAACGUCUCCUGCCUCCUCUCGGGAUUUACCAGUACCGUGGCCUUGUGGGGACAGUGACUGAAUGGAUGAACAACGGAUCCCUCCACUCACUCAUCCAUGAGCACGAACUGUACCCGGAACUUCCAUUUCCCUUGCUCAUAAGGAUCCUGUUGGAUGUGGCUGAAGGGCUACAUCACCUUCAUAGCCUUGAGCCUGCUUUCUGCCACUGCAGCCUGAAACCUUCCAAUGUGCUUCUGGAUGCGCAGUACAGAGCCAAGAUAUCAGAUUAUGGUCUAACCAAGUGGAGGAAACAGCGACUGAGGUCUGACCUGCAGAACUGCAAUUGGAGAAACUGCCAGGACUUAGUGUACCUCUCUCCUGAAAUACUUAAAGGAGGCCUUCCUUCCCAGGAAGGUGACAUUUACAGUUUUGGAAUACUGUGUUGGGAGAGCCUGAGCAGACGGAAACCUUUUGAAGGUCAGACAACCCUGCUGGAAGUUUUGACAGGAAUCUGCAGCAGUUUGCGGCCUGGCAUUUCAGAAAACUUUAUACCAAGCAAUUUUCCUGAGAGGAAUAGACUGCUGCACUUUAUCGCUCUGUGCUGGCAUCAAGAACCAGACUACAGACCACGUACUGCAGAAUGUGUAGACCUUCUACAUGGAAUUUUGACUAGUAUAAAUAAAGAGGCUAUUUCCACUGCCAUCUACAAUUUGAUGGAUGCAAAG